UUCAAUGGAAAUAGACAAGUUAAAAGUGACAACUAGUUUAGAUAAAUGGAUCAAAUUAAAUGUUGGUGGUAAUCUCUUCAUGACAUCCAGAGAGACACUGCUGAAGGAUCCAAACUCAAUGCUGGCACGACUAAUAUCAGAUUCAGAUCUUAUAUCCGAUAAAGACGAAAAUGGAGCUUAUUUAAUAGACAGAGAUGGAAAAUAUUUUUCACCAGUUCUCAAUUAUUUAAGACAUGGAAAGCUAAUUCUAGACAAUGGAUUAUCAGCGGAAGGAGUCUUGGAAGAAGCUGAAUUCUAUAAUAUCACCCACCUUAUAGCUUUGGUAAAAGAGCACAUUCAAAAGAGGGAUCUACAAACGUCUGUGGUUGAUAAUAAGCAACGAGUCUAUCGUGUAUUGCAAUGUCAGGAAAAUGAAUUGACACAUAUGGUUUCACAAAUGUCAGAUGGCUGGAGAUUCGAGCAACUCAUUAAUAUUGGUACUCAAUAUAAUUACGGAUCAGAAGAAAAUGCAGAGUUUUUGUUCGUUGUCUCAAAAGAAUGUUUAUCAACGAAUCCAAGAGAGCAGGAAAGCAAUGAUCGUGCAAAAGUGCUUCAACAAAAAGGCAGUCGAAUUUAACUCGGAUCGUUUAAACACGUGCGUAGAAAAUUAACUCUUAAAAUAUAUUGCGCAAUUUAUAGAAUGAUGAUGACAUUAUUAUUAAGUUUUGUUUUUCGUACAAAACAAAAAAAAAUUCGAUUUCAAAUGAAUAUUUCAUAAAACUUAACGCCUGAGGACAUAAAUGAUGUUUUGUAAUUUUAAUUUUACUUUUUUUUCUAUAAAAUGAAAGUGCAAAAAAAAAUGAGAAGAUAAUGAUGAAAAAUCAAUUAUUUUAGUAAUUGAUCACAGCAUAAUGCACACGUAAAUGAAAAAGCUUUUUAAGUUCCAUUGUACUGCCCACCGAUUGUUUUUUUGGUGUUCCAAUAUAUUCGUUUUAUGUGUGCGAUAACUAUACACUUAUAUACAUUUAUAUAAAACAUAUAUAUCUAUAGACAAAUGUAGGUGGACGUAGUAGAGAAAUUAUUUGAACCACCUAGACACACCGACUAAAUUAAUAUACUCGUAUGUGUAUGAAACAGCACAACAAAUAUGUUUUAUUUCCGGUGCAUUUUACGCUACAUUUAUUACAUUGCGAAAAGAAUAAUAAGACAUUUUGACGUUCCGUGCUGCACAUUGUGGGAGUUGUUGUUAUAGAAUAGUUAUGUUGGGUCAAACAAGUAUGACAUCCAGAACUGAGAAUGCUUUUUGAGCCUUAAUUUGACUCGAAAACGACAUAUUUCAAUGCACAGCUCGGUUCGGCUACUUUAUUUGUUCGUUCCCUCAAAUCAAAACGCACAUCUUUAUCAAUCUCUAAUCUUGUCAAUGAAAUGGAAAGGAUUAAUGAGAUAAGAACUUUUAUGGAAUAUUAGGAAAUGUAAGUAAGUAAAUAAGAAAAUAAAUGAUGAUAUAAGAAAUUAA